CCAAACAAACCAAAAUCCACACACAGAAUCCAAUUGGGCUUUUCAAUUAAUUAUUUUUAUCUUUUGAUUUUUCAAUUUUUUUUUAAUUUAUAUCAGUAUUGCAAUUUUUAAUAAUUCGUUAAUUUAUUUAAAAAGCAAAAACAGUAGUGUACAACAUGAUAUAUUGAAACUAGCACUAUCCUCAUUCCUAACUACUCAAAAGUCAAAAUGAUCCUCUGAACAACUCAUAUGAUUCAUAUCUAUCCCGUGUUCGAAUGAAACUUGGGUUUUGCAUUUUUUUGUUUCUCUAAUCAUGAGUUAGUAUAGAAUUCAUUUGCUCUUAAAAAUUCCUCAGAGAAAAAGAAACUGUAAAUUUGUUUGGUUCCGGGGUGGAAGAAAAGAAAUGGAGGCGUCUACGGCUGCUGCCCAGUGGCCAUCGUUCAGCACCACCACCAAAUUCAGUGGCCAUGUGGGUCCCAUUUCCCUCCAUGUCAUCACCAGCGCCGCCGGCCUCCACUUGGGCAACUUCCUCCGCCGUCGCAUCCACGCCGGGUUUCUCCUUCCCUCCUCUUCUUUCAACUCCAAGGUAAGUUUACCCCCCUUUCAAUACUUGCAAUGUUGUAUGGCAUUUAUCUUCUGAAUUGACCCAAGUGCCGAUUUUGGUAUGAUGGUUUUAAUCACAAUUUUCUCCUCGAUUGAUCAUGUUGUUCUGCAUUUGACUUGCUAGGCGUUCCUAAAUUUUAGCUUAGUUGCUAGGCUGUGAAUCGAAAUUAGCUUAAUUCUGGGCCUAAUUUGAAUGUGAAAAUCCUUGUAAGCUCAAUCAAGAUGUCAAGUUACUAAAGGAAAAUGAGAGGAACUAUUGAAUUGGGUCCCCCCCCACCCCAUUUACUUUCCUUUUCGGAAUUUAGAACGGGAUCGUGUUAACUAUUUGAUAUUAUCAUAAAUGUCUUGGAGCUAGAACAAGCUUCAGCAUGGUUUGGUCUUAUCACUACCUAAUUAGAGGAAUGAUGCCUUUUAACAGCAAUUGUAAUUUGAAGGUUGGAUUUCUAUUUGUAGCUGUUCUAUUUUAACUACUGUGACGACUGUUACAAGAGUUGAUUUGGAAAAAGUUAGAGUCUUGGUCUAAAAUUUUGGAUUCGGGAAGUGCCGGAAUAGUGCAUGUCAUUUCUUCUCUGUUGCCGUUAUUUGGAUCCUCAUACCAUUCCACACAUACGGGGAUCUUCACUUGACGUCCUGACCUUAGUUUUUCUGCAGUAUGUCUCUUAUCUUGGUCAUUUGCAUCGUUUGAGAGAUGUAUUGCACGAAAGAUCAAUUCUGUAUACUGGUCCCCUUGCGCUUCAGUGGUCUUGCAAUGCUAUGUCUGGUACCGUUAUGUCUUUGUUCUUCUUUGGUGGAGAUUCCGGAGAAGGAAAUAGUAGUGAUUCGAGCCACAAUGAGAAGCCAGCCUCAAAGCUCUUCUCCAAAGAACGAACAUGGACAGAAACCUUGAUUGGGGUUAAUAUUGCAGUCUAUGUAGCACAACUUGCCACUCGAGGAAGGCUACUUGAAUGGGGUGCCAAGAUAAAUUAUCUAAUUGCGAAAGGACAAAUUUGGAGGCUGGUCACAAGUUCCUUUCUGCAUGUAAAUCUAGUGCAUCUCAUGGUUAAUUGCUUUUCUUUGAGUAACAUUGGCCCUGCUGUUGAGAGCUUUAGUGGUGGUUCCAGAUAUCUAAAUGUCUAUAUCUCAUCUGCUAUCACAAGUUCGCUAAUGAGCUACUGGCUAUGUAAAAACCCAUCAGUUGGUGCAUCUGGAGCAAUCUUUGGAUUGAUUGGAGCAAACUCUGUUUUUCUCUUGAGGCACCAGGAAAUGAUUCGGAAUUCUGACCAACAUUUACAGCGUAUGAUGCAAGUGAUUGUUAUUAAUGCGGCACUUGGGUAUUUUCUGAAAGGCAUUGAUAACUGGGGACAUUUUGGAGGCUUUCUUGGUGGAGUUGCAACGUCAUGGCUUCUUGGUCCUGCUUACAAGCUUCAGCAUGUUUCUUCUGACGGGAGAAAAGUCUAUGCAGACAAGCCUCCCAUUACUGCCUUAAUUAAGGAUUCAAGCCCAACUGAUAGACCUAGUCAGUAACCAUUAGUCCUCGAGAUGACGCUAUAUGGAGGCUUGGCCACAAAUUAAAAGCUUUCCACUUAACUGCAGAUUUUUGCGUUUCGGGUUGGAUUCUUUAGUAAGAUAGGAUGCUUGAAAGAUUCAAAAAUUGGCAAGAGCCAAUGGAAUGUUCAUGAACAGGGGCCUGUAUAUAAGAUGAAGAAACUAAGGUCUUAGUAACUCCUUAUUAUGGGGUUUUUUUUUUGUUUUUUUUUUAAAUCUAUCCAGUGGACCGCACUUAAACGUGGGUAAAACCCCUUACAACUUCUGGUCUAUUGUCAGGAAGGACAGUAAACUAACCACAAGGCUGUCAUUCAAUUCUCAAAUUAUUAUGGGCGGUUAAUGUACCGCGGUAGUACAGCACUUCUUCUGCAAAAGUUAUCUGUGUUCAUACCCUUGCCAAGGAUCGGAGAUCCUAGAUCUAAUCCAACUGAUUUUAGCAC